AAAACGCGAGAAACGUCUCACUCACUCGUCAGCUCUCACUCGGUUCGGUUCAGUUAUCUAAAAAACCUAAAACUAAUUCUAAGACUUAACUGAAGACUAAAGGGAAUCGUCCCGAAACCGUAUCGAUCAAGUAGUAGAUGAUCCUCGCUCGGACAAAAAAUAACGUGUUGAAAAGAAGCUGAAAAAUAGUGAAAAAAUCGUUGAAAAGACCCCUCGAGUCAAGUUAUAAGUUUGGUUUCUGUAACAAGAAUCUCACAGAAGAAUAAACAAAGCCCCCCCACAAACACACACACAAACGCGACAUGAGUGUCUGUGAGAGCAAAGCCGUUGUGCAACAGCAACUGCAACAACAGUUGCAGCAACAGGCCGCUGCCGCCGCCGUAGCUGCAGCCGCCGCCGUUCAGCAGCAGCAGGCCGCCCAGCAGCAGGCUCAGGCGGUCCAGGCCGCCCAGGCUCAGGCCCAGGCCCAGGCGCAGCAAGCCCCCCAGGUCCAGGUGGUGCCCCAGCCCCAUCUCACGCCACAGCAGCAGCAGCAGAGCACACAGAGCAUCGCCGACUAUCUGGCCCAGUUGCUCAAGGAUCGCAAGCAACUGGCCGCCUUCCCCAAUGUCUUCACUCACGUCGAACGCCUGUUGGACGAAGAAAUAGCACGCGUGCGCGCAUCUCUCUUCCAGAUCAAUGGGGUCAAGAAGGAACCUCUAACCCUCCCAGAGCCCGAGGGCGCCGUUGUCACGAUGAACGAGAAGGUCUAUGUGCCAGUUCGCGAACAUCCAGAUUUCAACUUUGUUGGCCGCAUUUUGGGACCCCGUGGCAUGACUGCCAAGCAACUGGAGCAGGAAACUGGCUGCAAGAUCAUGGUACGCGGCAAAGGCUCCAUGCGCGACAAGAAGAAGGAGGACGCCAACCGUGGCAAGCCCAACUGGGAGCACUUGUCCGAUGACCUGCACGUCCUGAUUACUGUCGAGGAUACCGAGAACCGGGCCAAGGUUAAGCUGGCCCAGGCUGUUGCCGAAGUACAGAAGCUGCUUGUGCCGCAAGCCGAAGGCGAAGAUGAGCUAAAGAAACGUCAACUUAUGGAAUUGGCGAUUAUUAACGGCACUUAUAGGGACACAACAGCGAAAGCUGUCGCAGCAGCUUUCUCAUGCGUUGGCUCUCCUUCUGCUUCUGUUCUGUAUCCCGCAGUGAGCGAUGAGGAGUGGCGUCGCAUGGUGGCCGUAUCCGACACCCGCCUGCUGACUCCCGCCGGAUUGCCGGGCCUGGCCGCCCAGAUCCGCACCACGCCCGCCGCCCCGCUGGGCGCCCCCCUGAUGCUGAAUCCCCGUAUGACCGUCCCGACCACGGGCGCCAGCAUACUCUCCGCCCAGGCCGCACCGACGGCCGCCUUCGACCAGACCGGAAUGAUCUUCGCACCGUACGGGGAUGCCUACAACUACGCCGCCCUCGCCGGCAAUACUCUGCUCACGGAAUAUGCUGAUCAUAGCGUUGGUCGAUAUAUGCAUGCUGGCUCCGUCUUUUGAACUUCUCUCUAUCCCUCUCAAUAAUUUAUUCCUUGAUCGACAGAGUUACGAAAGCCUAGAGAGGAAAUCCAUUUCAAAUGUUUAGUCUAAAGCCUAAAGCCUAAAGCCUGUAGCUUGUAGUUACAGUCUCACACACCCACAACGCCCCCACUGAAACAGAGUUAUACACCCACACGAAUGUAUAGACUGUACAUAAACAAUUUUAUAUAUUAAACCUAGAGACAACAAAACGGCACAACAGCAACAGUAAAAAGCUAAAAACAAACAUCAUAAUAUAAAAUACUCAACGGAAAAUGAAUUUUUGUUAGUUGUUAGGUCUCAAAGCAAUAAACAUUUCUGCAAAUGUGCAAUAUUGGCAAAAAUAAGUGAUUUUUAGGCCUAUAAUUUUCUAGUAGUUCUUUUAAUUAUAUCUUAACCCUUUAUUUAUGGUUCGACUUGGAUCGUUUGCUUCUAUGAUUUCCCCCAAGCAUACAUGAGUAUAUUCUAGUUGAGAACAGCAACCAGAACAGCGACAGCCAAAGCAAGUUGUUGAUUUUCGUAUGGUUUUUGUUUUUUUUUAUCCCGCAAGUAUUCAAAUUAGUGACUGUCAACUUAGUUGCUGAGUUAACAAAUUCGUUUUAUCCCGUUCUUUUAUCUUCUGAUUAAUAAGUUUUAGUGUUUUGUUUUAAAAUGGUGAGAGGGUCGAGUGUUAAGUGCAAUCUAGAUUUAUAGUUUUAUAUGUAUGUGUAGUGAGUUGUAGAGUUGCGAGUUGGGGGGACAGUAUUUAUGCACAAAUGUACCUUACGAAUAUUUAGCGAGGAAACCGUUUCAAUUUUUCCAGCCAGUGCCAUUUCUCGUCAAAACAGUACUUUGAACAGAAUUGCAGAAAGCUUUUUAAAAUAGACAUAAUAUAUUUCAUAGAUGAGGAGCCUUGAAUCAAGUUGGUGCUUAAUCAAUUACUCGUAUUUCAAGUUAGUUUCUAAGUUAAGUCGAGGCUCUCCGGCAGCCGUCCAGGACCAGAAA